AUGGCUCUCUCUGCCAUCCUGUGCCUCAUUCUCUUCAUUGGCCUCCUCCUCCUGGGGUGCCCUGCCUCCCAGGGCCGCCUUCCGGCUGGACCCUGGCCUCUGCCCUUCCUGGGAAACGUUUUGCAAAUGAACCCGAAGGAUUUACUCAAGUUAUUGCAGCUCCAGGAGAAAUACGGGGAUGUCUUUACCGUACACCUGGGGUCUCGGCCCGCUGUCAUCCUGUGGGGGUACGAGGCGAUGAGGGAGGCCCUGGUGGAUCAGGCUGUGGCGUUCUCUGCCCGAGGACACGUUGCCAUCACUGACCCUGUCUUCCAGGGAACAGGUGAGUGUGGGUUUGCCAGUGGAAUAUCUUGGAAGGUUCUACAGCAAUUCUCUGUGAACACCAUGAAGGACUUUGGGAUGGGGAAGCGGAGUAUUGAGGAACGAAUCAAGGAGGGGGCUCAGUGUCUGGUGGAGGAGCUGGACCUCUCCUCCUCAGGGGCCCACCUGGAUCCCCACUUCCUCUUUAACUCCAUCACUGUGAACAUCAUCUCCUCCAUUGUCUUCGACGAGCACUUUAAUUACCAGGACCCUCAAUUAUUACAGCUCCUACAUUUAAUGAAGGAGGGCUCUGUCAUUAUCAGCUCCUUCUAUAGCCAGUGGUUCAAGCUCUACUCUGACUUCCUGAAGUUCCUUCCUGGCGCUCACAGGCAAGUCUACAAAAACCUACAGGAAGUCAACACCUUCAUCGACCACAGUGCGGAGAAGACCCGUGAAUCCCCGGACCCCAAUGUGCCCCCCUACUUCCACCCUGCUCCUCCAGACUUCAUCGACUCCUACCUGCUCUGCUUGGAUGCAGAGAAGUCCAACCCCAACAGCAAGUGCCACGAGCACAACCUCAUCAUCACUGCUCUGUUGCUCUUCUUCCCUGGCCCUGAGACCACCAGCACCACACUCCGCUAUGGAUUCCUGUUCAUACUCAUAUACCUCCACAUUGCAGAGAGAAUCCACAAGGAGAUUGAUCAGGUGAUUGGCUCAUAUUGCCCUCCAGCCCUGGAUGACAGAGCCCAAAUGCCACACACGGAUGCAGUCAUCUAUGAGAUUCAGAGAUUUGCGGACCUCAUCCCCAUUUGCGUGUCCCACAUGGUCACUAAAGACGCUCUUUUCCGAGGGUACAUCCUCCUGAGGGGCACAGCAGUCUAUCCCAUCCUGAGCUCUGCUCUCCAUGAUCCGGGUUACUUUGAAAAACCAGAUGCCUUCAACCCUGACCACUUUCUGUUUGCUUGUAACUUCUCUGUGGCCAGUCCCAUGACCUCUGAGGACAUUGACCAGACUCCCCAGGAGAAUGGAGUGGGCAGAGUGUCCCCAGUCUACAAGAUCCAGUUCCUGCACCAUCGAAGGAAGGAAGAUGCCCAUCCCCAGCGGGCACAGGACACCCCACUUCUGCUGGCCAGCUAA